CUCUUCCUGAAAUCCCCUGUUCAUAUAAAUACAGGAAGUAGAAAUAAGAGAGGCUAAAAUGAGAUCUUCUUGGUAGUUUGCUUUCAUUUGUGUGUUUGUUAGUCCCCUGCCCUCUGAUACUACUGAGCCUGAAGCUGGUUUUAAACAUCCUCCCCCUGUCGCUCCUUGAAAUAUCAUCUUCAGUACAAAAACUAAGGAUGUGGAGGUUCUGCUCAGCGAUGGAAAGGAAUUGCUUUCUUUACCAAGGAACUCUAAAGCCACUGUGAAAGAGAAAGUGUCUUAAAGUUUGCUGUAAUGAUGAAAACAUCAGCAAGAGACAAGGGAGCCAGGGAUGACUCAGGCUGUAUCACAGAUUCCAGCAAAGAUGGAAAAGAGACACAUCUCUGUCAGGCCACUGCCCUGCAAAACUGCCUCCCACUUACAGGGAUCAGCAUCCUUGACAAACUCAUCAAGACCUGUUCUGUCUGGCUUCAGCUGAAUAUGAACCGGGAAAGGGCUGGGGUGAUACUUGGCAAAGAAACAGCCGGGAUAUUUUUGGUUAGGAAAGAGGGUAAUGUGAACAACAUGGUCCUUGCAGUCCGCCUACCAGUGCAGAAUGAGGUUCCCGGUGUGCUGGAGUACAACAUUAAAGAAGAAAAAUCAAUCCUGUACCUGGAAGGAUCUGUCCUUGUAUUUGAGGACCUCUUCAAACUGGUUGCCUUCUACUGUGUCAGUAGAGAUUUGCUGCCCUUCACCCUGAAGCUACCACAAGCAAUAUUAGAAGCCAGUAGCUUUCAAGACCUUGAAAUUAUCUCUAGUCUGGGGAUAGAUUUCUGGGAUUCCUCCUUAAACCACAGAAGAAGAGAGGAGUUAUCCCACCCUGCAAAACACUCUGCUUUCAGCACUGCUCAGACAGACAGUUUAAAAUCUACCCAGUGUUUUGCAAGCAGCACAAACCACUGCUCAUGUGAAAUUGAGCUGUCAAUAGGAAAUGACAGGCUGUGGUUCGUGAAUCCUAUUUUUAUAGAAGAGUACAGUAAUCCUUUUUCACCAGAUGUACCUUCUCCUAAAAGCCGUGCUGUGAGUGCUGAUCUCCCCCAUGCCACCAUGCUCACUGAAAGGAGGUCUCCCCGCCGCCCCCCUCCGCCUCCACCUUCUCAUGCUCUCAUUCAGAAAUCUCUGAAGCCCCUGCAGGAUCCCACCACUGCCUGUGAAGAAAACGAGCUGCUCCUUCAGCCACUAGAAAAGACCAUGAAGGAAAUGAGAAUUGAAGGCGGUGACAAUAAAGAAGAAGAGAAGCAGAGCUGCUCAGUCAGUGAACCUUUGGCAGCGAGCCCCAAGAAGGGCUCCCAGCCCUCUGUCCCCCCACGGAAGCAGCUGUCUGAGAGGACCUCAGAGGAGAGCUGUGUGGGAAUCCCUGGAAGUUGUGAAACGCUGAAAGGGGAAUGGACAGAAGAAAAACCACAUGCGAGUACAGAGAGCAGAGAUAAAAGGUCACUGUGCAAAAAGGCUGUAGAAAUGCCUGGGGAAGUUCCUGAGGCGGCUGUAUCACAGUUUCAGGAGACAAAGCCUGAACCUGCAGAGAUGAAGGACAUGCCUGGGAUUCAAAGCAAUGCCAUAGGAAAGUCACCGCCUAUCCCACCACCAAGAAGGAAGAGGCUUUCCCAGGUACCGAGGGUCCCCAGCUCCUGCCAGUUAAAGCAAAGAACAGUGGCAGAGAUAGCCACAACCAUGGCCAUUGUGCAGGAUUUGUGCAAGAGCAGCUCUGCUACAGUGUCAGGUGGUGCCACUUGCACACACAUCAAGACUGAGCUGGGACAUAGCCGCAAAUCCGUCAACUCAGCUGAACUGAAAGAUGCUCACUCCUCCCUGGAAGGCCCAGGAGGCAGCACUGUGGCUCAGAUGUCAGCAUCUGAACCAGACUCCUACUCCACCAGCAGCACAGAGGAUGACCUGGAGAUGCCGAGUAGUUCAUCUGGUAAAAAGACACGCUCCAUGAUCUUGGACAAGGCCAAGAACAGGCUGUCCUUUGUCAGCCUGUCUAAUGUCUUCACAGUCUUUUUGUCUAGUGACAGGAAGCUGCAGAAGAAGAUUGUGGAGCUAGCACAGGACAAGGACUCGUACUUUGGCAACCUGGUGCAGGACUACAGAGUGUACAGUUUAGAGAUGAUGGCAAAGCAGAGCUCCAGCACAGAGAUGCUACAAGAAAUCCGGAUGAUGAUGACACAGCUGAAGAGUUACUUAGUGCAGAGCACUGAGUUGAAAUCUCUGAUAGACCCAGGCUCCCACACUGAGGAACAGUUAGAAGUGAUUGCUGAGACGGCAUUAUACAAAUGUGUUCUGAAACCUUUAAAAGAAGCCAUUGAUUCUUACUUAAAAGAAAUCCACAACAAAGAUGGAUCCUUACAGCAGCUAAAAGAGAACCAAGUUGUGAUACAAAACACAACUACCACUGACCUAGGCAUCACGACCAGCGUGCCUGAAACCAUUGUGCUUGAAAAGAUCCUUCAAAAGUUCACAACCAUGCACAAGGCCUACUCCCCAGAAAAGAAGAUUGCCAUAUUGCUGAAGUCCUGCAAACUCAUCUAUGACUCCAUGGCUCAGGGAAACCCAGGGAAGCCGUAUGGUGCAGAUGACUUCCUCCCUGUGCUCAUGUAUGUGUUGGCUCGCAGCAACUUGACUGAAGUCCUUCUGAAUGUGGAGUAUAUGAUGGAGCUCAUGGACCCUGCUUUGCAGCUAGGGGAAGGCUCCUACUAUUUAACUACCACCUAUGGGGCCCUGGAGCACAUCAAGAACUAUGACAAAAUCACUGUCACACGGCAGCUGAGCAUGGAGGUGCAGGACUCCAUUCACCGCUGGGAGCGACGGAGGACACUGAACAAGGCCCGGGCUUCCCGCUCAUCAGUGCAGGAUUUCAUCUCUAUCUCCUUUCUGGAAAUUGGUGCUCAGUCAAGGACACUUGCUUCCCGAAAAGACACCACAGUUGAGCAGCUGAGCCAGCAGUGUGCCGAGAAGUUUGAAGUCUCCCAUCCCAAGGACUAUAGACUCUUUGUUUACGUUGAUGACCAGUGGCUGCAGCUGGACAAAGAUGCCCUUCCUCACCAUAUAAAAGCAUCCCUCCUGAAGUGCGAAACCAAGAAAGAUUUCCAUUUUAUUUAUAAACCAAUAGACCAUAAAACCCCACCGGUUCCAAUUGUCAAAGAGUUAGACUUUCCCUAAGGGCUGUGCUGCUUUUCUUGUAGUGUAUGUUGUCAUCCUGGAAGGGCUGGAUAGUUUAUCUCGUGAGAUCCUCUGAUAUCUGCAGACCUCAGAAGGUCUCU